AUGAGAAGUUCCACUUUUCAAAGAGCAGUAAAGACUUACUCAACUGCUGCAUCAUCAGCCGCCACACCAUCUACAAUUUCCCUGACCUUGGUGUUAUCUAGAUUGCCUGUCAUCACACAAGAUGUUCCAAAAUUCGAUCAACAAUUUUACAAAUACCAAUCUGAGUUAUGGAGAAGAUUGAUGUGGACUUUCCCAAAAUGGUUCUACUUUAGACCAGGUACUUUGUCUGAACAAAAAUACAAAGAAUUAAAUACCAAUCCUGUCAGUUACGAAAAAGGUGUCCUUUAUCCACAAGGUAAACCAGACUUGAAACAUAAUCGAGAUCGUAGAUUCAGACAAUACAUAAACUUGCCAAAAACUUAUGAAGAGAAAACCGAGUUAACUGAAGAGGAUGAGGUUAAUAAAGAAAACGACAUUGCCAGAAAAAUUGUGCCUAAUUCAAGAAUCACCGAUGCUGAUAAGAAGAAUGAUUUGACCAGUUUGGAAAGAAGAUUGAGCAGAACAUUAUAUUUAACAGUCAAGGAAAAAUCUGGAAACUGGAAAUUGCCAAACUUUGAACAAAAUGAAACAUUAGUUCCAUUGCAUGAAUUGGCUGAAGAUGGUUUGUAUUCUAUUGGUGGUAAAAAGAUCAACUACUUUAAUGUUUCAAAGGUCCCAUGUCAUGUUUUCAAUGAAUCAUCAAAGAAACAAUAUUUUAUCAAGUCACACAUUUUAUCUGGUCUAUUUGAACCACAAGUUGAAGGUUUGGAAUAUAAAUGGUUAACCAAAGAAGAAUUGGGUGAAGUUCUUCCAAAAGAAUAUUAUCAAGAUAUUGAACAUUUGUUAAACGAUGUUUAA